AGGAAAAAUUAAUGAGAGACUCAGAUGCUUGCAAGACAUUGUCCCGGGUUGCUACAAGACUAUGGGUAUGGCAGUAAUGUUGGAUGAGAUAAUUAAUUAUGUGCAAUCCUUGCAAAAUCAGGUCGAGUUUCUUUCUAUGAAGCUGACCGCUGCAAGUACUUAUUAUGACUUCAAUUCAGAGACAGAUGAUAUGGAGAAGAUGCAGCAGAGAGCAAAAGCAAAUGAGGCAAAAGAGAUGGAAAGAUUGAUAAGAGAAGGAUAUGGAGGAUUUGCUUGUUUCCACUCAAGUUGGCCCCUUUGACUUCACUUUUGGAUGUUACCCCUUAUUGCCAUACAACAGAUGAAGAUGCUUCCAUUCUCUAAUAUUUUUCAAUCCCAAAAUCAGAAUUGUUUAAUUACUAC